AUGUUGUCGAAGGCAGACCUGGAGCUGUUAAUUCGGGCCAAACAGGUUCGAUGCGUGGAGUGGUUGGCCUUGGAAGCGGUCGUCAGCUCAGUAUUGUUGACGGGUGCUAGGCGAGUCUACCAGAAAGACGUGGUCCAGAAGCUUAUCGCUAACCGGGCGCCGUUCCGUGCAACCUCAGACCCCAUGUUCUCCAACCUGCCUGCCUUCCGCCGGCAAUUUGAGUUUGCCUGUGAGAUCUUAGACAACAUCAACGACUGGGCAUUCAUCCUAGAGCACCGCGCCUUGCUACAGGCUAACACAGACUUCCACAAGCUGGGUGAAUCUCAAACCGGAGUCUUUUCGUACACCGUUUUUCUGUGGGCCACGCCCGUGGCUAUAACCUUGGACUUGGAUGUGGAUUCCCAAAGCGCUUUUGAGUGCAGCGAUUGGUUGCGGGCAAAUGUCCUCCUGGAUGUUCUGAAGCCACAGGAUAAAACGUUCCUCGAAGAGGGGCGGCCCAAGCUCCGGAUGUCUGACAUGCCCGAGUUGCAACUGGACAUAGUUUUGUAA